GAUGUAAACACACUACACGCGGCAAGUUGCUGUUUCCUCUUCAGUUUGUUAAUUCAUUGUGCGAUGAAAAAGACUUAAUAGCAGAGCAGAAAGUAAUAUAAAAUAAUACUACGUUAGAGAAUAUUAUUUGAAUCGACGGGGUUGUUUCUUAUUGAUGGCUGUGGAACAUUUUCGUGAAGAGGAUGUCCUAAAUGUGAUGUUGUGCCCAACAAGCGCGGGCGGAUGUCUUCGGGGUACCUAUGGAAGAACAGGGCUGCAAGUGUCAAUUAAGUUACUGUCGUCUCGCACGUUAGCACAAAGUGAGUGGUCGGAGUGGAUGAGGAAUGUGGCUGUGGUCAGACAAGUCAGUUCACAACGGGUUUUGGUUCCUCUGGGUGUGUAUAAGGCUUGGUGUCUGACGGGCUUGCUGUAUGAUUGGAUGCCCCAGGGCUCGCUUCACUCCCUGCUAUACCAGACCCAGAUGUAUCCAAGUCUACCGAUGAGGCUCCGGCUUGGCAUCUUGUCAGAUGUGGCGGAGGGGUUGUGCCACCUCCACUCCAUCCCACUUGCCCACCAGGCCCUCAAACCCACCAAUGUUCUUCUGGACCAGCAGUACCGGGCCAAGCUGUGUGACUGGGGCCUGCCAGGCAAGAGGAGAGGAGGGCCCCACUUCAAGGACCUUGUUUACCUCUCCCCCGAGGGCCUGGCAGAGACUGCACUGUCUGUAGAGGCAGAUAUCUACAGCUUUGGUGUACUGCUGUGGGAGACUUUGAAUAGAAGAAAACCAGAUGGAGAUUUGCUUCAGCUGCUUUCGGGCGAUGACGCGGUUGGUUCAGGCCAGGAGGGUGAGUUGCUACCCCGGUGUGUACCCCGUUGCCACACCCUAUCCCAGCUGAUGACCGGCUGCUGGAGCGCGGACCCCCACAGACGCCCACCAGCAGAGUACUGUGCACUGGAACUGAGGAGUGCCAUAGCAACCUUUGGUCCCGAUGAAAUGACAAGGGCUACCCUCAGUGUGAGGGAAAACAAGGAGAGGGCGCUUGAUGACUCUAAAAUACAUCCUGCUAAAGAUAUUCCCCUUGAGAUAAACAACUUACAGCCCCUCAGUGGUUCCAAAGACUCUAAAAGUGUGGGAAAGAAGAGCAUGGCCUUACUACAGAAAUCCAGCCUUAACAAGACACUCUUAAGUCCAGCUACAGUGUUAUAUACAGAGGGAAACCCCCUGAAGCGGCAAGAACUUAAGGACUGUGUGAGUGGCUCUGUGACGUCCUGCAGCAGUCCCAGAUGUCACCACGGUGGCCUUGGUUCUGAGCAUUAUACAGGGACAGGGCAGAGACCGUCCCCCUUACCCACACCCUUCUCCAGCCCCCCCAAAGCCCUAAAUCAGGACCCUCCUAACCAGCCAAGGGCCAUCUCCUCUGGGGGGCCUUGUGUUGUCCAGGUGAGCUGUUGCCGUAUCCUGCGUGAGAGACGAGAGGGCAUCGUCCGGAGCAUGACGGAGGGCCGUCUCAACAACCUGCUGGAUGUGCUCAUCUCUCGCCGGGCCAUUUCUCUGGAGGCCUACGAGGACAUCUCCACUUCGCUGACGCUGACCGCUCGCACGCGCUCCCUGCUGGAUACAUGCGCCUGUCUGGGGGAACACGUGGCUGCCCUGGUAGCCACAACCCUCGGGUUGACGGCCUCCAACAGCAACCCACCACAGAUGACCCCCUGAAGGUGGAUGGAUAUUAGAAUGUGGGUGGUGCCAAGGUCACCUAUUCAAUGUAUCCCUACGAUGUGUUUUAAUGAUAUACUGUACAUCAGACUGGAUUGACGUACAGUAUAUAAUUAACUCAGAAAUUGAGACAGGAGCCUUGCGGGGCUGAAGAAUCCAAAACAAAUUAAACCUCUCAGGAUGAUACAGAUUCCAGUUAGUCAGAUUGGAUAUGAAUUAGGAGACUGUUCUUAAUUUCUUUGGAAUGGCUGCAAUGGUUCAUGUAUAUGUACAGGGAUCCAUGUCUGGGAACACCAUUAAAAUCUGUGUCUGGGAACACACUAAUCAAUGCCAUAAGUCAACUCUUUAAUCAGAGUGGUGCUACCUGUUAAGUUCAAAACAGUAAUAUGUGCUUGAUUCAAGAAAGCUUCAGUUGCAUUAUUUGAUAGGAACACUACUGGUGGGGAGAAAUCAAUGGAAGGCAAAAGCGCUAUUGGAAAUUAGGAAUGAUUAAAGAGCUUUGAUAAUGUUGAUGACCAGUCACUGGCGAUAGCGUAUGUCUGAGGGGCCCCAGGAGGUAUCCCGCAGAAAUCAGUUGGUUCUAUAUUAGAUGCUAUAUUUUCUGUGCUGUGUCAUGUUUAUUUGUCUGCCUCUCCCUGUGGCUUUUUGCAUGCUGCCACAAUGUACCUUGUCUUUUGGCAACCUGUUUGAAGUAAUACACAAGUACAUAUUGUACAAAAUGUUCUAUCCAACAUAGUUUGGAUUAUGCUGUUCAGUGGUUUCUGACUUGGUAUCUUGUAACAAGAUUAUACAUUUUUCUUCAGAUAAAAUAUAAAAUAAA